GUGCAGAUUGCAGGCACCAUGUCUGACUCGGUGAUUCUUCGCAGUGUGAAGAAAUUUGGAGAGGAGAAUCAUGCCUUUGAAUCAGAUGGAUCAUAUAACAAUGAUAAGAAAUCAAGCACUCAAGUUUGAGUUUCCAUGUAAGGAAGUGUUGAUGCAGGAUUAAAUGGGGGCUGCAAUAGAACACAGACAUCGUCAAUUCUGGCCUAGACGAUGGAUGGUGGAAGACUGAUUUAAGAAGUUUGAAGUAUUUCAUGACAGAAGGCUGCAGUAGUACCGGUUACAAGAUAAGAAGAAAGGGAAAAACAAUCGAGUUGGCUUCUUUGAACUGUUUCGAUUUUCUUCAUCAAAAGACAUCUGGCUGAUGUUUCUGGGAAGUGUAUGCGCAUUGCUCCAUGGAAUGGCCCAGCCAGGCAUUCUUAUUGUUUUUGGUGUGAUAACAGAUAUUUUUGUUGAAUAUGACAUUGAAAGACAAGAACUCAGUACUCCAGGAAAAGUAUGUGUGAAUAACACCAUUGUAUGGAUCAACAGCUCCGUCAACCAGAACAUGACAAAUGGAACGCGCUGUGGGUUGGUGGACAUUGAAAGCGAAAUCAUCAAAUUCUCUGCCGUCUACGCAGGAGUCGGCGUGGCUGUACUUAUCCUAGGAUACUUUCAAAUAAGGUUGUGGGUAAUCACUGGGGCUCGUCAGAUAAGGCAAAUGAGAAAAAUUUUCUUUCGGAGAAUAAUGAGAAUGGAAAUCGGAUGGUUUGACUGCACUUCCGUGGGGGAGCUGAAUUCAAGAUUCUCUGAUGAUAUUAAUAAAAUCAAUGACGUCAUUGCUGACCAGUUGGCCCUCUUUCUCCAGCGCCUGUCGACGGCUGUGUCUGGGUUACUUUUAGGCUUCUAUAGGGGUUGGAAACUAACCUUGGUGAUCCUCGCUGUCAGCCCUCUCAUAGGGAUUGGGGCAGCCAUCAUAGGUCUGAGUGUGGCCAGGUUCACGGAGUUUGAGUUGAAAGCGUAUGCCAAGGCGGGGUCUAUUGCUGAUGAAGUCCUUUCAUCUAUUCGAACAGUGGCUGCCUUUGGUGGUGAGAAUAAAGAGGUUGAAAGGUAUGAGAAAAAUCUUGUGUUUGCCCAGCGCUGGGGAAUUUGGAAAGGAAUGGUGAUGGGCUUCUUCACUGGGUACAUGUGGUGUCUCAUUUUCUUCUGUUAUGCACUGGCCUUCUGGUAUGGCUCCACACUUGUCCUGGAUGAGGAAGAGUAUACACCAGGGACUCUGGUCCAGAUUUUCCUCUGUGUUAUAGUAGCAGCUAUGAAUAUUGGCCAUGCAUCUUCUUGCUUGGAAAUCUUCUCCACUGGGUGUUCAGCAGCUACCAGUAUUUUUCAAACAAUAGACAGGCAACCUGUCAUCGACUGCAUGUCAGGAGAUGGUUACAAGCUAGACCGAGUCAAGGGUGAAAUCGAAUUCCACAAUGUGACCUUCCACUAUCCUUCUCGACCAGAUGUGACGAUUUUAAAUAACCUCAGCAUGGUCAUUAAGCCAGGGGAAACUACAGCUCUUGUGGGAUCUAGCGGGGCUGGGAAGAGUACAGCACUACAGCUCAUUCAGAGAUUCUAUGACCCCUGUGAAGGCAUGGUGACUCUGGAUGGCCAUGACAUUCGCUCUCUUAACAUCCGGUGGCUGAGAGAUCAAAUUGGGGUCGUGGAACAGGAGCCAGUUCUGUUCUCCACCACUAUUGCAGAAAACAUCCGUUUCGGCAGAGAAGAUGCAACAAUGGAAGACAUAGUCCAAGCCGCCAAAGAUGCUAAUGCGUACAACUUCAUUAUGGCCCUGCCACAGAAAUUUGACACCCUUGUUGGAGAAGGAGGAGGCCAGAUGAGUGGUGGACAGAAGCAAAGGAUAGCCAUCGCUCGAGCCCUUAUACGGAAUCCCAAGGUCCUGCUUCUGGACAUGGCUACUUCGGCACUGGACAAUGAGAGUGAAGCCAGAGUACAGAGAGCACUGAAUAAGAUCCAACAUGGGCACACAAUCAUCUCAGUUGCCCAUCGCCUAUCAACAGUCAGAGUUGCAGAUGUGAUCAUUGGUUUUGAGCAUGGAGCAGCUGUGGAAAGAGGAACCCAUGAAGAGCUGUUAGAAAGAAAAGGUGUCUACUUCAUGCUUGUGACCCUGCAAAGCCAAGGAGAUAAUGCUCACAAAGAAACAGGCGAAAAGGGAAAAGAUGCAACUGAAGGUGGUACACUUGAGAGGAACUUUUCCAGAGGCAGCUAUCGGGAUAGUUUAAGAGCUUCCAUCCGCCAACGCUCCAAAUCUCAGCUGUCUCAUCUGCCACAUGAACCUCCACUGGCUACAGCUGAUCACAAAUCCUCCUAUGAAGACAGCAAGGACAAUGACGAGCUUGUGGAAGAAGUUGAACCCGCUCCAGUUAGGAGGAUUCUAAAAUUCAACAUUCCAGAAUGGCACUACAUGCUGGUUGGAGCUUUGUGUGCAGCCGUUAAUGGGGCAGUCACACCCAUCUACUGCCUUUUAUUCAGCCAGAUCCUUGGGAUGUUUUCAGUCAUCGAUAAAGAAAAACAAAGGUCAGAGAUUUACAACAUGUGCUUAUUCUUUGUCAUCCUGGGCUGUGUAUCCAUUUUCACACAAUUUCUGCAGGGUUACACUUUUGCCAAAUCUGGAGAGCUCCUCACAAAGAGGCUGCGCAAAUUUGGUUUCAAGGCAAUGUUAGGACAAGAGAUCGGCUGGUUCGAUGACCUCAAAAAUAAUCCUGGAGUACUGACAACUAGGCUUGCUACAGAUGCUUCCCAAGUUCAAGGGGCUACUGGCUCUCAAAUUGGGAUGAUGGUCAAUUCCUUCUCUAACAUCGCUGUGGCCUUGCUCAUUGCCUUCCUCUUUAGCUGGAAGCUCAGCCUGGUUAUAACACUCUUCUUCCCCUUUUUGGCUUUAUCGGGAGCCGUACAGACAAAAAUGCUAACGGGAUUUGCUUCUCAAGACAAGCAAGCUCUGGAGAAGGCUGGCCAGAUCACCAGCGAAGCCCUUGGCAAUAUCCGCACAGUUGCUGGAAUUGGAGUGGAGGGAAGAUUUAUUAAAGCAUUUGAGGCUGAACUGGAAACGUCCUACAAGACUGCUACUAGAAAGGCAAACAUCUAUGGCCUCUGCUAUGCCUUUUCCCAGGGGAUAUCAUUUCUUGCAAAUUCUGCUGCCUAUAGAUAUGGAGGUUAUUUAAUAGCCCACGAAGGUCUGAGCUUCAGCUUUGUUUUCAGGGUGACCUCUUCAGUUGCAAUGAGUGCAACGGCUGUUGGAAGAACAUUCUCUUACACCCCAAGCUAUGCCAAAGCUAAAAUAUCAGCUGCACGCUUUUUUCAACUGCUAGACAGAAAACCUCCAAUUAAUGUGUACAGUGGAGCAGGUGAAAAAUGGGACAACUUCCAAGGGAAGAUUGAUUUUAUUGACUGCAAGUUUACAUAUCCUUCUCGACCUGAUACCCAAGUUCUGAAUGGUCUCUCAGUAUCUGUUGAUCCUGGGCAGACACUGGCAUUUGUUGGGAGCAGUGGGUGUGGCAAAAGCACCAGCAUUCAGCUGUUGGAACGGUUCUAUGAUCCUGAUCAGGGAACAGUGAUGAUAGAUGGUCAUGACAGCAAAAAAGUCAAUGUUCAGUUCCUCCGUUCAAACAUCGGGGUUGUCUCCCAGGAGCCCGUGUUGUUUGACUGUAGCAUAAUGGACAACAUCAAGUAUGGGGACAACACCAAAGAGAUCUCCGUGGAAAGAGCCAUAGCUGCCGCAAAGCAGGCUCAGCUGCAUGAUUUCGUCAUGUCACUCCCAGAGAAAUAUGAAACCAAUGUUGGGGUCCAGGGCUCUCAACUCUCUCGUGGGGAGAAACAACGCAUUGCUAUCGCUCGGGCCAUUGUACGAGAUCCUAAAAUCUUGCUACUCGAUGAAGCUACAUCUGCCCUAGAUACAGAAAGUGAAAAGACAGUACAGAUUGCUCUGGACAAAGCCAGAGAGGGUCGGACCUGUAUUGUCAUUGCUCAUCGAUUGUCUACCAUCCAGAACUCAGAUAUCAUUGCUGUCAUGUCACAAGGAGUGGUAGUAGAAAAAGGGACACAUGAGAAACUGAUGGCCCAGAAGGGAGCCUACUACAAGCUGGUCAUCACUGGAGCCCCCAUCAGUUGACGUGACUGGAGACCUUCACACACACAGAUAAUGAUGUGCCAAGAACAGGAGGGUUGUGGAUUGUUAUAACUAAACCAAGAAUUAUUAAUGCUUUACAGACAGAGGUAUCCACAGGGAUCCAAACUAAUUUUGAGUGGCUUCUCAGUAAUAAUUUCAGUUUGAAAUGUCUGUGUAGAAAGGCGAGAACCCAGAGUCAGUAUGAGUCAAAGUCCAAAGUCAAGCAGCUGCGUAUCUACCACCUAGUGCUGUUCUGAGUGGGAGCUGUUCACUGUCUUUAUCAAGGGCUUGAUGAGAGAGCAUGGAGUCCUCCUUAGGACAGAGAGCUGUUUGUCUUCUGCAUUUGGGAAAGCUCCUUGUACACUCAGCCUGCUCUGUAAUCUGCACUCAACUGUUUGAGCCAGAUCCAGGUCAAGAGCUAAGGACCUAGGGCUACUGGUAGUUCUUAAUUAAGUUUUGUUUGUUUUCUAUAGGGAAGCAAAUUUAUUUACUCCUAACACCUGUGAAUAGUGUGAAGAGGCGCACUUUCCCAUUCUGGAAUCUCCCAGGCUCAGGGAGGCCAGAGGUGAGAGAGAAGGAUUAGUAGAGGUUGCCAGUCAGAGGCAUUGAUUUAGACAGAAGACUCAAGUGCUGGUGUCACAAUACACUACAGUGGGAUCUGCCAGUGUGGAGCAGGGACUCUCUACUGGGACUUCUACUUUUCAUUCCCUGCCCCCGUGUUGCCUGAUAUCCCUUACUCCUAGGAAAUCCUAUGCACCGAAUGGAAAUGCAUCUGCUUCUUGAGUUGUUACAUAAAAAUCCAGUACAACAUAGAAGAACAUUUAUGUUCAUCAUUUUCUUCAGAAUAUCACUAAGUACAGAAGGCUCAGGGUCUUGGUGUCACAAUACACUACAAAAUACAGCAGUAUAAAAUGAGAGAUGGUCUGAUGCUUAGGAGACAGCAAGAAAAAUGUCCCAGUCACACACAGGCUGUACUCUCAUCUCAACAUCUCCCCUUCUUCCAUCUUCCCGCCACAUUCAUCCUGUUUGUAACUUCAUCUUCCCAUGCUCAACAAAUGAAUAUCUGCCUACAGAGGAAGACCAAGCUGAGAUGGUUGUUGUUAUUUGUCACUCAGGGUUUCCUGGUAAAUAACUGCAGACAACAGGACAUUUGGGACAUGUGUUAGCAGGACAACCUGCAAGGUCCAGAAUUGCUGAAGGCUGCCAUACUGGGGAAGUCUGCGGAGGGUGGAGGGAUGCCUCUAGUUAUGGGAAAGAACAGGGACAAAGAAGUUCCAGAAUGAAUGACUGCUGCGGGCUGUGGUAAACACAUGCUCACCCUCAACUCUUGAAUCAGGAAGGAUGCAACUCACCUGCUUAGGCUUAAGGAAAAGCUUAGGAAAAGCUGUUUGCUGGGAGGUCGCCUGUUUCCUAGAAAGACAUUUGUAGAGCAUUCAAGAGCAGUGGAUCAAGGCUGUCUUUUUAAAUAAAGUAAUUCUGAGUAAUCGAUAAGAGGGAAAGGACGGACUGAAUGAGUUGCUUCUGGUUGCGGUGUUUAUUGCAGCAGUAGAAGAAACCGAAUGAUACUACAAUUGGCCUCCAAAUUCUUUUGUCCAAAAGUUCUUUUGACUCUAAUUGCUCUGUCUCUGCUCUGCAUGUGCAUGGAAGAAAGCAUCCCAGUCACAGAACACCUGGAAUUUAGAGCUACCCACAAACAUGCCACUUUCAGCAAUGGGGCAUCCAUUUAGAAAUGGGGAACCUGAGGUAUUUGGUAUUGUGUCCUAGUAGAGGAAAAUAUAUGGGAUCUCAAUCAAGAAUUGUUUGUCAUUUAUUACUCAAGAGUUAAAUUUGAGUUUUCUAUCUUAAGAAGUACCAGUGAAUCUGUGAGAUGGCUCAGGGGGUGCAGCCACUUGCUGCCAAGCUGACAACAUGAAUUCAAUCUUCAGGUCCCAUACAGUGGAAGAAGAGGCCCAUAAUAGACUCCCACAAGUUGUUCUCUGACCUCCAUACACAUGCCAUGGUGCAUGCAUGUGUGCACAAAGGCAAUCAUGUGUAUGCAUGCACAUAUAUGCACACACGGAUGUAUAAACACACUAAAUAAAUACAUAUAAUUUUUUUAACAAAACCUACCUUUUUUAAAAAGAAAAAAUAACCAGAACAUUCUCACAGGGUUGGCUUUGAAUCUAAUCUCAUACAUUUAUUUACCUAAGGGUUUGGUUGAUUAUAUAUGCACAUAUUGCAUUCUUAUGCAUGCAAAUCUCUCAGUAAUCAGGCCACAGGAAGAUGUCAGCAAAGAUUUGAAAAAGAACUGUGAAUCUCAUUGCUGUUUCCAAGCACACUUUGAGAUCAAUUUGCAUAGACACAGGCACCACUGUAAAAUAGGCAUUAUAUUUAUUUCUAUUUUUUUUUUCUGAAUUUUGAGAGCAAGUGAAUAAUCUCACCUGCAUGAGAUGACAAGUGAAAGGAACUUCAAUAAACAACUAAACCCAA